AUGUCAGACAUGACAAACUUUUCGGAUUUCCUCCGCGGAGUCUUACCGGCCAAAGACAUCUCGAAGAUCAACCCGAUAGUGUAUCUUCAUGACCCUCUUCGAGCAGCUAAAUCGAAUGCAGGAACGUUUCUUCGUCGCACAUCUCGACACUUCCCUACCUCAAAAGAGCAAAACACCAAUGAUAAAUCAUAUUGGGUUACUUUCACACCAAUUGAAGCAGAAAGACACUUUCCUUAUCUCUCAGGUAUCACACCUGCCUAUGAAAACGUGUUUUGGAGACAGAUGUUAGAUGUGGUGAAUGAGCUGCUCGAUCUAAUUCAAAGUGACAAAAGUGAUCUAGAUUCGCCACUACGUGAUGGCACAACACUGCGGCAUGUUUGCAUGAGUACAGGCGUUAGGCAUGACGCGCAUAUGACUGGGGUGUAUUUCGCGAAAGCAAAUGCGAUGAUGUACCCAUUCUGUGAGGAUCCUAGGCGCUUGGAGCUGAUCAACGUGCUCAUGAUCAUGUUAUGGGUUUUCGAUGACAAAUGCGAAAAGGGCACCAGAGAAGAAACUGCGGGCGUAUUACAUGAAUGGAGAAUGCGCCUUGCAAGCGCGGAUCGAGGGUGUAUCGAAAGCUCGCCACUGCAAACGUAUCUCGACAAAACGAUUGCGGCAAUCUACGAAUACAAUCGUGUUACAGGUAGUACAGCAGGAAGAGAGAUGCACCACGCCGCUCUAAACAUAGAAUACUGGCUGAAGCCGCCGGCAAAUUGCGAAAACCACGGCGAGUAUCUCGCCUAUCGCCACCGAAACGUCGGUGCAUUGUUUGUCUGGUCAUGUGUAAAGUUCAGUUUGGAUCUCAAAGUGGACACGUCGGCUCUGCGUAUCGCGGAAUGGCUUGGGUGGGCUAGUAUGCAUCUGGGAAUGACUAACGAUUUGUACUCGUGGGUAAAAGAAGCAAAAGAGCAAAGCGAAAAGCAGGGACCAGCAAACGCAAUUCUUCAUCUUCAACAGCUCUUGUCUUUGGAUGAGCGCCAGGCCGUUGAGAUGCUAUACAGUAUGAUCCUACAGAAGGAAGCAUUGAUGUACGAACAGCUGCUGAGUUGGAAAAAUGAGUGCUCUUUUGACGACGACAUGUGGGCGUUCUUGAGGGGAGUAUGGGCCACGCUUGCAGGGCAUGUAUUGUACAGUACGACGUGUGCUAGAUAUGCUGGAGAGCAGGGCAAAGUUUCAUCGGAAUAA